AUGCUGCUGUCAGCGGUUCGGAGAGAGUACCCAGAUCCACGAACCGUGACCUUGGCAAUGACCCUGGGUUACUGGGACAUCCGCGGGCUGGCUCACGCCAUCCCCCUGCUCCUGGAGUACACAGACUCAAAACUGGAGAAGUACCCGAUGGGGGACGCUCCCAACUAUGACAGAAGCCAGUGGCUGAAUGAAAAAUCCAAGCUGGGCCUGGACUUCCCCAGUCUGCCCUACUUAAUUGAUGGGGCUCACAAGCUCACCCAGAGCAAUGCCAUCCUUCGCUACAUUGCUCACAAGUACAACAUGUGUGGGGAGACAGAGGAAGAGAAGAUUCGCGCGGAUGUAUUGGAGAACCGUAUGGAUGUCUGCUUGUGCAUGGCCAUGAUCUGCUACAGCUCUGACUUUGAGAAACUAAGGCCUGAUUACUUGAAGGAGAUCCCUAAAACGAUGAAGCUCUUCUCAGAUUUUCUGGGGAAGAGGCCCUGGUUUGCAGGGGACAAGCUCACCUAUGUGGAUUUCCUGGCUUACGACGUCCUUGACAUGCACCGCAUAUUUGAGCCCAAGUGCCUGGAUGAAUUACCAAACCUGAAAGACUUCAUUUCCCGUUUUGAGGUGAUUCUCCUGAUCCCUCUAGUAUUUAUAUCUCUCUUCUCUUCCUUCUCUUCACUGAUGCUUUCCUAGUUGGAACCCAAAUGAAGAAUAACAUUUAAUGAGGACUUGGUUUAUGCCAGAAUCUCUGCUCAGCUUCUAACAUAUAUUGUGUCAAAUUUAAUCUUUAUAACAUUCCUCCGUGGUAAAAGAAUUAUCCUCUUCAUUUUACAGAUAAGGAAUUAAGCUGAAAAGAUAAGUAAUUUCUGAAGGUCACAGAGCUGGUACAGGCUGUGCUGGACUCCCAGUCAGAGC